AUGGAUAAAAAACUAAAGCCUAUUCAGUUACGGAAGCGGAUUGCGUUGGAGAAUAUAAGUGCGCUCGAACGGUUCAAGGAACAGUUUUCUGGGGAUGAUGCAAAGCAAAUCCCAGAAGUGUUAGAAGACCUGGAAAGGUACAAGGAAGGGUUCUUCGCUGCAGUAGCAAAGCUGGAGGAGCUCGACGACAGCAAUGAAGCGAUCGAAGCAUGCAUCAUCGAGCGAAUCAACGUUGAGGAGCGGUGCAGGAAGCUGAAGGGUUUUCUGCGGGAAAGGCUUCCAAGGGACGAAAGUUCUUUGAACGAUACGUCAGGCAUGGCCUCUUCCACGCUCGCGUUUGUUUCUGUGGCAGUGCAAAACAAUAACGGUAUGGUGUUUUUGGAAACCACGUUACUGAACAUCGUGGACGAUUAUGGUGUGAGACAUGAGGCACGGGCGCUCCUCGACUCCGGCUCCAUGUCGAAUUUCAUCUCCGAGCCGCUAGCUCGGAAGCUGCUUGGGACACCUCGAAACAAGGUGAACGUGUCGGUCUCGAGCAUCGGGAACAAAGUGCAACAGGUGAAGGGUUCAAUCGUUGCAACCGUGACAUCUAGGAACCACACGCAUGCUUGUCAACUCGAGUUGCUCGUUGUUGACCCUCCAUUCUUCCAAAUUCCAACGGCACCUAUCGAUGCGUCGUCGUGGAAAAUCCCUGACUUGCCACUCGCGGAUCCUUUGUUCCAUGUGCCUGGCAAGAUCGAUGUCAUAAUUGGUGGAGACACGUAUUGGGAGCUCCAUUCUGGUAAGAAACGUUCCCUCGGCAAAGGGAAACCUUGGCUUGUAGAGACGCCAUUUGGUUGGGUCGUUGCUGGCAAUGCAUCAUCAGGCAUUUCGCAUGAUUCGCAUUUGUGCCACCUGGCUAGCAGCAGUACAUCUUCGUUGGAUUCGAUUAUGGAACGAUUCUGGGAAAUCGAGACGAUUGGCGGUGAUCCAGCAUUGUCAGCGGAAGAAGAUGCUUGCGAGAAGCAUUUCGUGUCCACUACAACAAGAGAUACAUCGGGCAGGUAUGUUGUACGUUUACCGCAGACUUCUAAUCCAAGUAUCGUUUUAGGAGCGUCCAAGGCAAUCGCGGAUCGUCGGCUCCUAGCAGUAGAACGUCGAUUGAUGUGCAACCCUACAAUGAAGGAAGAGUACACCAAAUUCAUGAAGGAGUACGAACAGCUCGGCCACAUGAAACGUCUUACCGAUCCAGUCGAUGAUUCCGGCGAGCACUACUAUCUUCCUCAUCACGCGGUGGUAAAGGAAACGAGCACAACCACAAAGGUGCGAGUAGUAUUCGAUGCAUCAUGCAAAUCGGCUUCUGGAUACUCUUUGAACGACAAACUGUUGGUUGGGCCUGUGAUUCAGGACGAUCUGUUCACAAUAAUCGUUCGAUUUCGAUCACAUGCGAUAGCACUAUCAGCAGAUGUCGAAAAAAUGUACCGCCAAAUUCGCCAUGAUGACGACGACCAAAGAUACCUUCGUAUUCGGUACAGAUACAAUCCCACUGAGCCUAUUCAAACAUUCCAAUUACAAACGGUAACCUAUGGCACCGCAUCCGCACCAUUUCUGGCAACCCGAACCUUAAAACAAAUUGCAUACGAUCAUCAAAUACAUUUUCCAAAGGCAGUGACUGCAGUUCUUCAUGAUUUCUACGUAGAUGACUUGCUAACGGGAACAGAAGACGUAGCCGAUGCAAUCGAGAUGCGAGGCCAGAUCACGGGAAUGCUUAACUCGGCAGGCUUCUCAUUAAAAAAGUUGGCAUCCAACGCACCGGAAGCACUGAAAGGUGUCCCAUCAGAAGAUUUGGCAGUUCUUCCAACACACGAAUGGCAAUAUCCACAAUCUGUAUCAACACUGGGACUCGUGUGGGAGCCAGCAGUUGACAUGCUUCGGUUCCGUAUUGAUCUGCCACCUGCAUCAACGGUUUUGACAAAGAGGCUAACUUUGUCGUAUAUUGCCCGAAUCUUCGACCCACUCGGCUUCCCACUCGGGUCCAACCAUCAUCAUUGCUAA